AUGGCUCGCCUGCCUCCGGGCAUCCUUUUCCUGAUUCAAAACUCUGUCACAGUCGUCGUUCCUCCUGCUGUCGUGUACGCGGUUCUAACAUGGCAACAUUACCUCAACCUAUCCUGUACCCUCGUCUGGACACUCACCCUUGCUAGUGCACCUCUGUUCGUAGCCGCUCGCAUCAGUCAGCGAUAUCGGGCCAUAUAUCGUGCUGCUAGUCGGGCUGGCGCUAUUCUCCCUCCAAGAUGGGACGGGAAACUACCAGGACAUUUCGACGUAAUGCAGGAGAUGGUGGACACUCUAAACAAAGGUUACCCAGGCGAUUUUGCGUGGCCCCAAUUCAUGAAGCAGGGUCCCACGGUACAGACCAAUAUUCUCUGGGACCCGAUGUACAUUACUUGCGAUCCAAAUGUCAUCAAGACAAUUCUCGCUACAGAAUUUGAUAACUAUGUCAAAGGCGAGACGUUCUCCGGUUUCAUGAGCCCUCUCUUGGGUACAGGUGUCUUCAACAGUGAUGGCGAGUCAGUCAUUGUAUUCCACCGGGCUAUGACGAGGCCGUUCUUCAGCAAGGACAAGAUUAGCCACUUCGAGCUCUUCGAUAAGCGUGCUGAUCUUGCAAUCAAGAAAAUGUGCCACCGAUUUCGUUCCGGUGCUGCUAUCGACUUCCAGGAUCUUGUCUCGAGAUUUACUCUCGACUCCGCGAGCGAGUUUUUGUUUGGAUUCUGCGUCGAUUCUCUAGGGUCAACCCCUCAGAUCACGACUGAAGGAAGCUUGAUGGACGAUGCCACACAAGUGAUCACAGCGCGGAGAUUUGCUACCGCUUUUCAGGAGGCAGAACACGUCUGCUCAGAGAGAGCUUGGCGUGGGUGGAUCUGGCCUCUGUUUGAGACUCUGGAGAACAAAAGCACGAGCCACAUGAAAGUUGUAGAUGAAUUCCUAAAACCGAUCAUCAAAGACGCGCUCAAGAAGAAGGCCGCAUCCGCAGAUGCACGCCGGGGACAAAGCGGUGCCGACAAAGAUGACAAGGAGACCUUUCUGGAAAAUCUUGUGCAAUACACGUCGGAUCCCGUAAUACUCCACGACGAAGUAUUGAACAUACUCCUGGCUGGACGUGACACGACGGCGUCAACCCUCACGUUUGCCGUGUAUCUGCUUUGCGAACAUCCAGAUGUCUUGACACGUCUGCGUUCGGAGAUAUUUCAGAAGGUCGGACGAUCCGGUCGACCUACGUACGAGGACAUCAAAGAGAUGAAGUACCUACGCGCAGUCAUCAAUGAGACUUUGCGUCUAUACCCUGCCGUCCCGUUCAACAUGAGGUAUGCUGUCGAAGAGGGGUUCCUGCCAAACACAGAUCCGAAGGGAAAGCCAUUCUAUGUUCCUCCUGGAACUCCGGUGUCGUACUAUCCUUUUGUCAUGCACCGGAACACAGAUUACUGGGGGCCUGACGCCAUGGAAUUUGACCCGGAUCGAUUCUUGGACGAGCGCCUAAACAAAUAUCUGGUACCGAAUCCAUUUAUUUUCCUGCCGUUCAACGCAGGACCCCGUAUCUGUCUGGGCCAACAGUUCGCGUACAAUGAAGUAUCGUUCUUCCUCAUCAAGCUGCUACAGCGAUUCGACUCAAUGAGCCUCGAUCUGGAGGCUCAACCUCCGGAGUCCCUUCCUCCAAGGGCAUGGUCGAGUGCCUGGGGUAGGAAGAGCAUUGAGAAGAUAUGGCCCAAGGUUCACCUGACGCUAUACGUGAAUGGAGGUUUAUGGGUGAAGAUGAUCGAAGUUGCCGACUAA